AUGCCUGCCGCGAAGGAGAUGCUCUCCUCGCUGCUGCGGCCGAGACGGUCCGCUGAGCGUGCCGACUCGGCGCGUCUUUUCGAUCCUCACCCUGAUUUGCCGUCGCCGGGCCCGGCAGGUCGCCAUUAUAACACGCAGCGGCGCGCCACUGCUGAUUUCACUGAGGGGGACGACGAAGAUGACGACGACGACUUCGAUCUCGACGGCGCGCCGCCGGGGCCGAGGCCGUUUCACGAAGCAGAUGUACGCAGAGGCUCUGCCUCUCUUAUACCCAUAUUUUCUACCAAUUACUUGGAUUCGUUACCUGUCUACAAUGUCGCCCACGCCAUCCGCAUCAUUGUCCAAGCCCGAACCGAGACCACGCUGACUUGGGAUCAAAUCCGGUCCCCUCAAGUCUCCCAAUUCCUCGUCAAGCCCAUGCAGCAGCAAAUCCGGACCCAGCAUUUCAGUCGCGUAACGCUGUACGCCCUCAUGGCAAACUGCCUGCAAUUUUCCAAGGAAGGACAGAUGUAUCCAGGUAACGCAGGUACCAGCAUGACACGAGCGAGGGUUUGCGAGCUGCUGGCCUUGAAACUCCUCAAGGAAUACGAUACCAGGGAACUUAUCGAUGCCCUUUCCUACGAUUUCUACCCGCUUCAGGGAGCCCCCGAGACCCCUGGUACCCUCGACACCAAAAAUCUCGACGGCAAAGGCCGCCCGGCUGCGGCUCGGUCUUCGACCCUAGAAGUGGCUAUCCGUGCUUCGGCCAAGCAUUUUCUCGCGCACCCCCUCGUAGUCCAACAGCUUGAGGCUAUCUGGAACGGCGCCAUCAGCUUCUAUUCGUCUCAGGAUAACCUACACCGCCUGCCGCCGCCCUCGAGUGGAAACACUAGGCGCGGUUCUGCCAAUGUUCAGACGCCUCUGCUCGGGCGACAGCCCGCUAAAGAACAGUCUCAAUUGCCCCUCCACGCGAUGCCUGUUCGACGAACGGUCAACCUGUACGACCCGCGUCAAGCCUCCCCCUUCAAGUUGUCUCGUCUUCGUGUCCCGCGGUAUAGGCAAUUCCUAUCGACGUGCUCUUUGUUCAUCUUGAUAUGCCUAUUCCUUGCGGUCCUAAUUAAACGGUCUAGCCGUAUCACGGAACUAGAACUGAUUUUCUGGUUCUGGAGCGCGGGCUUCAUGCUUGACGAGGUUGUUGGCUUUAAUGAGCAGGGUUUCUCGCUCUACAUAAUGAGCUUCUGGAACAUAUUUGAUCUCGGGAUUUUGCUACUACUCAUCAUUUAUUACUUUCUGAGAGUAUACGGCGUCUUCCUCAUCGAUCCUCACCACUGGAACGACAUGGCAUACGAUGUUCUAGCAGCCAACGCAAUCCUCCUACUCCCGCGCAUCUUCAGCGUAUUGGAUCAUUACCGAUAUUUCUCGCAGCUCCUCAUUGCCUUCCGACUCAUGGCGGUGGAUCUCGCCGCCGUGUUCGUUCUCGUACUGAUUAGCUGCUCCGGAUUCUUUGUCUUCUUCACCCUUUCGAGGAACAACAAUGAUGCCCCCGAAGUAGCUUACAAGAUAUUCCAGAUCCUAAUGGGAUUUACGCCGGCGGCCUGGGACGUGUGGCCAGAAUACACUUUCUUAGGCAGGGCACUUCUCGUCAUAUUCCUCGUCAUGUGUCACUUCCUCGUCGUGACGAUGCUGAUCACUGUUCUCACCAACUCUUUUAUGGCGAUCGCCUCAAAUGCGAACGAGGAGCACCAAUUCUUGUUUGCGAUCAACACCAUAUCCAUGGUAAAGAACGACGCGCUAUUCUCUUACGUCGCACCGGGAAACAUCUUCGCCUGGAUUUUGAUGCCGCUGCGAUACGUCAUGCCGAUAAGACACUUUGUCAUCUUGAACCGCACGGUCAUCAAGGUCACUCACUUUCCUCUUCUAUUCUGCAUCUUCUUCUAUGAGAAAUAUCUUCUAGCCCCGUCCGUGUAUGAGCCAACAGACCUCGUCGAGAACAGGGGCCACCACAGGGGCAGGGGGAUCUCAUUUACAGACUUCACCGGCCGAGGAGCUUCCCUUUUCAGCCCGAAUCCCCGAACACGCGAGGAAUCGGUUUCCGGCUUCCAGAAAGAUCGCGCUCUGGACGAAGUUUUCCGUCGACCGCCUGAUGUGAGCACCAUCCGAACGCAGAGGAGGCAGGAGAGGAGGAAGACGCAGACGGCGAUCCGGAACUGGAUGGACCAGAAUGACGAUAUCGGCGAGCGCCUCUCCCAUUGGCCUACGAUCGAUAGCCGACCAAGUCUUUCACACCGGCGGAUGAGCAUGAACCGUGACUUUCCUAAGAGGUUCAGACACGUUUCCGAGGCUCGAUCAGCUGCGAGCGAUCCUGCCGACCUCGUAUCGAAUAGCGCUUUCCCCGUCUCGAAUAUAAGAGAACUUAAUGGCCAAAUUGACGAGCAACAGGCGCGAUACAAGGAUCAAACGGAGGCUGACGGUGACGACGAGUUUGUGACUAACGACGAGGAUGAGGAAGACGACGCUGCAGUUGCCAGCCGCCACGGUAGCAAGGUGAACGUGCAAGCAAGUGAUUAUUACUUCACAACCCCUCAGGGGCUCCGGCGCGGGACGCUAGUCUCCUCGGGUUCUUCCUCGCAUGCCAAAAGCAUGACGCCAACGUCACCGAGGGCUAGCACCCAGCCUCGUCACCGAGGUCUCCAUAGCCGUACACUGUCUACAAAUACGAUCCUUUAUGCGCCAGAGGAGACUAGCCACCCAGGGCCUAGCUCGCCUUUGAUAUCUGAGGAGCCUCCGAGAAUUGAUCUUCGACUAAGGACAGGUCGGUUAGCUACGAAUAUAGGGUCUUCCACGCCGGGUAGUAUACGCUCGCCACGGAAAACCCAAGAUGGAUCAAGCCCCGCAUCGAGGCCGAGACCGAUCCCUGCCCGAUCGAUGCCGAAUCGCGCAACCCUUCCCAGCGCCGACCCGAGGAUUCGACGAGUCUCUUCUGUCGAUGCGGACGUGUCAGACCUGGGUUUUGAUGUGCAUAACGAAUUCGGUGCUGUGCCGUCGUCCUUCGCGACGCAGAUGGCGAUGGCUACCGGUCAGCUGAAAGCCGUGAGUCGAGCCGGCCACGACCGUGAAGACGCGGAUAGGAUGAGCCGACUGGUCCUAGCCAGGAUGAAGAACUUGGAAGAGGGCAUCGCAGACGUCGUCAAAGAAAUGCGGGUUCUCAGGAGCACGGUGCCUACAGCGCAGAACUCGGGGGACGACAGCAGCUGGAAGACUGGGGCCAGUGGCGAAAUGGCGCCGACCGGCAAGAGGUCUUCGGGGAAAAAGAUAAGCCGGUCAGGAAGUGUCAGAGAACGGAAAGUCGGCCCGGGAAACUCGACUCCUCGGAGCCGGAGAUCUGACGGAUCCAAAGGCAAGGGUAAGGAGGCAGCGAGAUUCGCUGAAAGCGAGAGCGAGCCAUCGGGGGCGAGUUCGCUAAGAAGAGGAAGCUCCCUUUGA